AUGGCUCCAUCGGCAUCAUCAGAGAAUAACUAUUACGAUUUAGGAUCAUAUCGAAGGACUGUGACCGCCGGUAAUGACGAGGCCGGCCGUUGGUUCAAUCGUGGGUUGAUUUGGUGUUAUGGCUUCAACCACGAGGAAGCCGUCAAGUGCUUCGAACAAGCCAUUGCUUGCGACAGCUCUUGUGCAAUGGCUUACUGGGGGAUCGCGUACGCGCUGGGGCCGAACUAUAAUAAACCGUGGGAUUUCUUCGAUGCGACCGAGCUCGAGACCACGGUGCAGCGGACUCACCGUGCCGUCACUAUGGCCAAACGCAGCAUAGAAAGCUGUUCCCCAGUUGAGCAAGCCCUCGUUCGCGCUCUUGAGUUUAGAUACCCGCACGAGCAUGCGGAUGAGGAUUGCUCAAUAUGGAAUAAAGGUUAUGCCGAGGCAAUGGAGCGGGUUUACCGCGACUUUCCGGAUGACCUCGACGCUGCCACCCUGUGCGCGGAUGCGAUGAUGAAUCUCACACCAUGGCAGCUCUGGGACUUGAAAACGGGGAAGCCCGCUUAUGCGGCGCGAACCAUAGACAUUCAGAGGAUCUUGAAUCGGGCUAUGACCCAGGGGGGUGGCAUGCAACAUCCAGGGAUUCUGCAUCUUUACAUUCACCUCAUGGAAAUGUCGCCCACACCAGAAGCUGCACUGGCUGCCGCUAAUCAUCUACGUGGGCUGGUCCCGGAUGCAGGUCAUCUCAACCACAUGUCGACCCAUAUCGAUGUCCUGGUAGGUGACUACGGCCAAGGGAUUAAGUCGAACCAACAGGCCAUCCGAGCAGAUGAGAAGUUUCUAGCCCUAGCAGGGCCGUUGAAGUUUUAUACCCUGUAUCGGAUGCACGAUUAUCACUUCUGCAUCUAUUCAGCCAUGUUCGCCGGCCAGUCGAAUGUCGCUCUGGAUACUGUUACGCGGAUGGAAGAAUCCCUCUCAGAAGAGCUCCUUCGUGUUCAGUCUCCACCCAUGGCUGACUGGCUCGAGGGAUUCCUCGCCAUGCGAGUACAUGCCCUGAUCCGUUUCGGUUGCUGGCAAGAUAUCAUUGAUCUGCCGAUUCCCUCAGAUGGAGUUCUCUACUGUGUGACGGCUGCGAUGACGCAUUACGCUAAAGUUGUUGCCUUAGCAGCCACAGGCAAUAUCGCCCGCGCAGUGGAAGAGCAAGAAUGUUUUAAUCAGGCCGUGAAAGUGGUACCCGAUUCGCGCAUGCUGUUCAACAACAAGUGCACCGAUAUUCUGCGUGUCGCAGAGGCAAUGAUGCAAGGAGAGAUAUUUUAUCGUCGUGGGCUUUAUGAGAAAGCCUUCACUCACCUGAGAGAGGCUAUUUCCCGCGAAGAUGAACUGCCAUAUGAUGAGCCUUGGGGUUGGAUGCAGCCUGCGCGGCAUGCGUACGGUGCGCUGUUAUUGGAGCAGGGUUACUUGGAAGAGGCUGCGGCGGUGUAUGCUCAGGAUCUUGGAUUUGAUGACAAGUUGGCCAGAGCCCUUCAUCAUCCUGCGAAUGUAUGGGCUUUGCAUGGGUACUAUGAAUGCAUGGUGAGUUUGGGGCGAAGUGAUGAAGCUUCUCGAGUCCAACCUCAACUCCAAAAGGCUUUGCAGAUGGCGGAUGUGCCUAUCAAAGCAUCGUGCUUUUGUCGCCUCAGUGCUGUGGGAGUAGAGGGGAGAUAA